AGUAAUACUUUAUUAUUAUUAAGCUAUGGAAAAUGACAGGAUAAAAAACUACCAAGCUUCAAAGUAAAACAGAAAUCACAGAUAGAAAUAGUCUCCCUGACAGCAGCACAACCGGUGCUCUCUGAUAGCACUGCAUACUUCUUGGACUUCUUUUUUUUUUUUUUUUUUUCUGGAAGUACUAGUCUGCAUAAAUAUGAAAGUAAAAGCACUAAUGACUAUUUUAGUAUAGGUACUUAAAUACUUGUGUUCUUGCUAAUUCAGAAGUUUAAAUGAACACUGAGAUGGAAAAAUGUAACAAUGAUUUGGGAAAUUAUUUAAUUAUACCAUAUCAUAUAUUUCUGAACUCCAAACAAACGUAUCAUGAAUUGUUCAGAUAAGAUAUUGUAUUUAUUUUAUACAUCUGAAAAAGAAAAAAAAAAAUAAUGCUGUUAAAUAGGAGUAGAAUUCUGGAGUUCAAAUCUGUAUUUCUUCAAAUAAAUAAGAAGCAAAGCAAAGACACUUAUAAUAGAGACAUACCAAGGGAAAACAAAACAAAACAAAAACUAAGCUCAUGGCAAUUAUUUUUACAUUUAAUUUGUAAUUAAUUCAUAACUAAUGGUAAAACAAUUAGUGGCUUCUCAAUGUUUUCAGUAUUUCAAGUAUGGUCUGGUACAUCCAGCACUCAGCAUAGACCUAAUAAAAUUAUAACAGAAUUUCUAACCAGAAUCAAUUGCUUCACAUCAAUUCAAAAGUUCCAGCACUUGAGCGCAGCCAAGUUGUUAUAGUAAUUAUGGUAGUUGAAAACUCACAAGCCUGGUCCUUAUUUAAAACAUCCGAUUGUCAAGUCCCCUAGUAACCUGUUGCAUGGAUGAUGCCAGGGCUAGAGGUGUGCAAACGCUCUCAAGGUCCACGGCCCUAUAAAUCCCUGUGGUGCCAUUCAGCUUUCAUGGUGUCCAUCCGUUACUCUGUUGCAAAUUUGCCCACUGGCAUAUCAGAAAGAUGUUUCAAUGAUAUUUCUUUUCUGUACUAAUUACAGAAAGCCUGAAUUCCAAAAUUAGAACCACAUAACCAUAGAAUAUCCCCAGUUGGAUCCAUAAGGAUCAUUGAUUCCAACUCCUGGCUCCACAUAGAACCACUCCAAAACAAAAAUGAAAAACAAAAUCCCCAAAUCAGACCAUGUGACUGAGAGCAUUGUUCAAGCACCCCAGCACUCUAGCAGCUUGGGGCUGUGAUCACUGCCCUGGGCAGCCUGUUCCAUGCCCACCACUUUCUAGUGCAGAACCUUUUCCUGACAUUCAACCUGACUCCCCCCUGACAGCUCCAUGCCAUUUCCUCAGGUUCUAUCACUGUCACCAGAGAGCAGAGAUUAGCACUGUCUCUCUGCCCCCCUUUGUGAGGAGCUGUAGGCUGCCAUGAGGUCUCCCCCAGUUCCUCUGCUCUGAGCUGAAUAAAAUAAGGAACAUCAGCCACUCCUCAUACAUCUUCCCUCUAGACCCUUCACCAUCACUGUAGCUACCUUUGUACACUGUGGAACCCAGAACUGCAUACAGUACUCGAGGUGAGCGCAGUAGAUUGGGACAAUCCCCUCUCUCAAUUGGCAAGCAGUGACACACUUGAUGCAGCCCAGGAUACGGUUGGCCUUCCUGGCUGCCUAGGCAUGCUGCUGACUUGCUGUUGCCUAAGACACCCCAGUGAGACAAGAGAACGAGAUAAAAAGAUGCUUUUGAUUCUAGCCAAUGAACAAUGUUCUGCAAAGAACACUUUUAAAGUUCCAAAACAAACAAACAAAAAACAAUAGGUCUACUAGGAAAAAGUCUUAAUUCUGAAAGACACAAAGCAGCUGGCUUCCUCCAAAAUUUAAGAGGUUGAUCUACCUAUGGCCCACGCUAGUUCACCAGAAACUAAGGACAGCAUCAGUUGCAAGCUUUGUUAUGGUGGAAAAAGUAACAAUUACCUGACAGAACUAGGAUAAGGAACCUCACACAGCCAUGCUGCCUGAGUUGCCAGUUCACGCUUUCCAUCUGACUUGAACCUGCUCUUACCAACAGACCCACAGUUAACAAAAGACAGCAAUAUCUACAGCUGAAAUACUGUGAACUUACAUCAAAACAGACAUCCACUGGUAACAUAGUAGCGAUUAGCUACAAAGAAAUAGACUCCAGAAACCACAUAAUUCAAGCGAGGACUCAGAAAAACUAACUUUUACAACUUUAUUGAGAGGGGGAAAAGAUACUUAAAUGGCUUUUACAACUUUCAGAACAUGCAGUGAGACGUGACAUCUGACUCCUACGUUGGAGUAAUACAAGUAAAACAUUAAUUAAAAAUCAAAGCUCCAUGAAACCCUCGGUUAACGAGGACACAGCCACUCCUCAGCCACAAAGCAGCUCACCACUGGAUGAGGGGGAUGCUAAGGUAGGCCCCAGCUCCUGGGAAGGCCACGGAAAGGAAACCCGCCCGCGGGCAGCAUUACAGGCAUGCGGGAAGCACUGGGACAACGCCUGCAGAAGGCUCAGUACACACAGCCCCUCCAGUGCUGCCGGCCUAACAAAAGGAAUCUAUAAAGCAGCUAGCAACACUACUAGAAACAAGAGCCAACCCUAUCCUCAACACUGUCUCAACGGCAGCCAACUGCGCUUGCGCAAGAAAAAGCGCCGCUUGACAGCGUUUCCUCCUCUGAGCAACGCCUGCCAUUGGUUACCGAGCAUUCCCGAGCGGCUUCGUACACCUCCGGAAAAAAAGCCGAAGGCGGGGGCGAAGGGGAGGGGGAGCAAACGGCUGGAGCGCCGCGCGGUGCACUGUGGGGCGGAAGCAGAGAGUCACCGCUCCGUUAGGGCCGCCAUCUUGUCUGCGUCCGGACCUGCUGCCGCUCUCGGGGCCUGCUCGUUCUCUUCGUCGCGUGAAGCGGUGGAGAAAGUGAGGACGCGGCGCACGGCCGGGUGGUGCUGA